AUGUCGAACAGUGUCUCUGCGGAUGGAGGGGCUGGAGCCACGGCUCGUCCAGGCCAUGCUCGAGGAAGCUCACUCUCGGAUGGUAUCAACAACAUCACUUCUCCAUCUGGCCCCAGAGGUCCGGAAGACCCAGCAGUGGCGGGCAUUGCUGAUGCUUUGAGUGCCAGUGGCAAUCCCUCCCAAGAUGCAGCGGUGACGCCUGCCGCGAAGGGAAAGGCAAAGAGCCAGUCGAAGAAGAAGGGAAAGAUGGUCAUCGACGAUGGAGUGGACCGGAGCAGUAAGGGUGAGUUGGCAGCGGUCAGAAGAGGGCAUGUAUGCGGCAGGUUGACAAGUAUGGCUUUGAUUGGACGCUCACAGGCUUGCUGAGAGAUCUGAUCACCUUCAGGUGGAUGACAGUGCCAGGUGAGUCUUGGCUUUCUGAAUCUAAGCUAGAAGCACCGCUCUGAUACCUUGUGUCUCCAUCCCGCAUCUCUGCACAGCAUCAUCCUUCAAGAUUGCAUUCACGUUGGCCGCCGUCUACCUCACCCUAGAAUUUGUGCCCGGGUUUUCCGGCACCAACAACCCCUUGGCCCCACUCGUUCGCAUCUCUCACCGUGUUCCUCUCACCUCGGUCCUAGCAGCCGAGCCAUCACUGAUCGGCGAGGCUUUGACCGCUCCAAUUCACUCGGGCGUCUCGCCUACUGAAGCACCUUCGACAAUCCGAUACCAAAAAGGUUACCAGGACCUCGCGUUUGUCGCUUACUACAUUGUUGUGUUCAGCUUCAUUAGACAAGCUUCUACCCAGUACCUCUUUCGACCCUUUGCGCUAUGGUGGGGCAUCAGGAACGAGAGAAAAUUGGAGCGAUUCGUGGAACAGGGAUACGCUAUGCUUUACUGGGGAACUGCCGGCGCGUUGGGACUUGUGAGUUGCACCUGAUGCUCGAGCGAGAAGCAGGCCGGUCCUCCGCUCAGUUGUACCCCUUCUAGCCGUGCUGACCUGACUUGCAUUGGCGCAUGCAGUACGUCAUGUCCUUCCAAGAAUCUUGGUGGUAUAGUAAGUAGUCAUGCUAAGCUCUUAUCCCUCGCCUCCAGCUGAUCUGAAGCUGCAUCUGCUCUCGAAAGACCUCGAGCACCUUUGGCUCAGUAAGUCAUUACGCACUUGGAGUCGUAGCUUGACUUAGGAUAGACCUCAUGUCUGAUUGACAUGCUGCGUCUGCACCGCAAAGAGUACCCCCACUGGCAAAUGAGACCUGAGCUCAAAGCGUACUACCUAUUGCAGUUGAGCUACUGGUUGCAGCAAGCUCUCGUCAUGAUUCUUCGCCUCGAAGCCCCACGCAAAGACUACUACGAGCUUAUCGUGCACGUAAGUGGAUGUGCCUGCCGGCACAGCGAGGCCGUCGCUGACUCUCGAGCGCAUUUUACUCUCUUGCAGCACCUGGUCACGCUUUGGUUGAUCUUUUGGAGCUACUUGAUAAACCUUACUAUGAUCGGGACCGUGAGUGCAGCCUUCGGGCCGUGGAGAAGCAGUGCGAUCAGUGUCGAGACAUGUUGACGCUGUGCAAGACUUUAUAUCUUUUCAACCUAGACUGUUUUCGUUGUGAGUUUUGUUGAGACAGUAGCGUCAAAGCCUCUGAACGCGGACUGGAUUUCCUCACCACGCACCAUUUCGCUGUCAUAGGCUAUGGACGUCCCAGACACCUUCCUGGCAUUGUCCAAAGCGCUCAGUUACAUGGGCAUUGAAGCAAUCACUAUGCCCGUAUUUGCCAUCUUCAUGGGUGAGUCCUUGCUCUUGCAUUGUGGAGCGACCGUUCGUCCUGCGCAAUGUGGCUACUGACGAUAUCGCGCUGCUUAUGCGCCAACACCUACGCACAGUGGUCUGGACGUGAGUAUGACACACACAAAAGUGGCCUAGUUUAUGCCCAUCCCUCCAUCCUCACUCGACGACUGCGACGCUUCCUAAUCCUCCAGCUACUUCCGUAUCUAUGAGUCGGCGCGUACGCUCUGGAGCGUUUGGUUCCAAUUCGACCUCAUACCAGAACACACAAAGGAGUGGAACCCGCCUCAAGGAUGGUGGAUGGUUUGUGAGUUCUUCAGGCUGGGGCUCUGCGACAACACCGCUCCGCAGCCUCUCGAAGACCUUGGCUAACAGCGUCAAACUUCGCCUCGUCAACUAUUAGGGUGGAUGAAGUACCAGGUGAGCAAGGAUCAAGGAGUAAUUCGUGGUCACGUCUUCGCUGAUGAUGGUCAUUCUGUACUUGCUGCUUUGCGCUCUGAUAGGUCUUCGCGCCCCUCUUCAUUCUCCUCUGUCUAAACCUCUUCUGGUAUUUCCUGAUGUGGAGGAUCAUGAUCCGGUACGUCUCUUUCUCGAUCCGCUCGUGUCAGAAAGUGACUUGCUUGUGCUCACACGGCCAUCUGUCCCCUGUAGCGCGCUUGCUGGCGGACCUGCGGAGGAUGAACGAGAAGAGGGAGAAUACGAAGAGGAGGAAGCAGAGAAGGAGAAGGCAAAAUCCAAGUAG